GACCCUUGUCCAAGGCCGUUCUUGGGAAUGAUCAUAUGCGCAACAGGAAUCCAGGACAAGGCGCCCUUGUUCAAGAAAGCCAUAGAACUCGGUGCUCAGACAGCCUCAGCGUUUACGGACCGUGUCACCCACCUUGUGGCCAAAGAUCAUGGCGGAGCAAAGUACAAUUGCGCCUUACAGCUCAAGAUACCUAUACUACAGCCGGAAUGGAUAACUGAGUGCCAUGAGGUCUGGGUGCGAGGGGAUGAUUUUGACAGUCUGGACAAAUAUCGCCUCCCAGUUUUCUCGGGCGUCAUUCUGUCUAUAUCGGGCAUAACGGACGAGGAAAGGCGAACACAAAUUCACCGUCUAUUAAUCCAGCAGAAGGGCGUCUAUGCCAAGGAACUCAAACGGCCGGUCAAGGUGACACAUUUACUGUGUUCUGGCGAUGAUGAGACAGAUAAAAUAAAGUACGCCGAAAAAUUCAAUCAACAUAAGGAGGCCAAUAUACAUCUCGUGUGGGAAGAAUGGUUUUGGGAUUCGUUGGAGUUCGGCGGACGAUUCGACGAGGGAAAGUAUCAAGUCCGACGACCACGCCCAGAACGCAAGUCUAUCCCUGAACUCGUGAAUCUCACCAAUUUUUCUCCUAUAGCUCCUGCUUCUUCUUCACCGUCUACGGACCCGGAGCCCACAACGUCACUCACCAAUAAUACCGACGAAGAGGAAGAGCUCGCAUCAAUUAACCAUGUAUCAGCGGUAACUAUUAAAGUAUGGCAGAGCCUUCUUCAACACAGGGGAUAUGAGGUCUCCAGUCAAGGCCGCCUUGUCCGAAGUCCAACGAAAUCACAGCCUACUAAACAGUCUCUUGAGGGCCAACCGCCCUCACCGACGGGUGAAAGUAUUAUUACCAAAUUUCGUCGCGCCAACUCCUUUGCGCCUCCUAAACAAGAUACUGGCGAAACUCCUUUCUCCCGGAGUAACUCCGAGCCUGUAGCCGGUCCUUCUUCAACUGUGGCUACAUCCUCGUUAUUCGCAGGAAUCAAAUUCUGUGCUCUUGGUGAGGCCAAGUCGGCAUCUGUUAAAGACGCGAUCGAACGGUCCGGCGGCAGUCUCACAUCAGAAGAAGAUGAUGCAGACUAUGUCCUCGUACGUCUCGUCAGCGGCAGUAAAUUUUUUCGCUCAGAGAUGGAUCUGGAACAGAGGAUGAAGUAUCGCACCGAAUGCUGGCUAGAGAGGUCUAUAUUUGAGGAGAGGCUUUGUGACCCUGAAGCCCAUGUGUCAUUCUCACCUCUCGGAAUUGAAGUCCCUCUACUCAAUGCUGACAAGGUGCAUCUUAGCUUCUCUGGUUUGGAUGAAUCGGAAGCCUAUUUCACCCGCCGUCUUGUGCGAGCUCUCGGCAUGAAUCUCGCGCCUGUAUUUUCUCGCAAAGCGACUCACCUUCUAUGCCCUUCCGCUACGGGUACAAAAUUUAACAAAUCACGCGAAUGGGGCGUCCCCGUUGUACAUAUGGGUUGGCUGGCGGAGGCUGCGCGAACGGGGUAUGUCCCAGACGUGUCUACUUUCCUCGCCACGUCCAUGCAUAUCGAUAAAAACGGGAAAGGAAAGGCUGUCAACGAUUUGGCAAUUGUUGAUAUUACUAACGGUAAGUUCCUGCUCAAAGCUUAUUACAUGACAUUGAUACUCUAUGUAGGCAUGAAGCUAGGAGUAGAACCACCUUCACAGUCCUCAGCGAAGGGACAGAGAGCCCCGUGCUCAG